AUAAUUAAACUUGUGAAAACAGUAACAAUUAUCCGAGCCAAAAAGUAAAUAAAUAAACCGACUGCAUUUGCCCUUAAAUAAUAAUUCCAUAGGUAUAAUAAACCUUGGGCGAUACACAAAUUCAUUCAUUCGCACAAUCGCAAUCGCAAUCGGCGGAAACCCUCUUUUUUUGGUAGCGCAAUUACGCUGGGAAACUCGCCGAUGAAGGGUUUAAAUACAGGCGCCGAAAACCUCAACAAUGUCGGAGCAAUCGGGCCGGAUAGGGAGCCCGGUUUUGGGCCCGCUACUUUUAGCAUCAAGGUCUCUCAUGAGCUUAACGAACAUGAAGUCGCCGUACCAUCUGGUUCCACCUUCGGUUAUCUAAAAUCAGUUAUUCAUCAAAAAACCGGAUUGAAACCCGAGACGCAUAAACUAUUGUUCAGAGGGAAAGAGAAAGAUGACGAUGAAGAUCUCCAGACAGCUGGCGUAAAGGAUGGUUCGAAGUUGUUACUUGUGGAGGAUAAGACAUGCAAUAACGAAGAACCUGAAGAAGUUAAGGAAACUGUUGUAGUUGUCUCAAGAGGAGGUGAAGCUGUUGCUGAAGUUAGGAGAGAGGUUGACAAGCUCUCCGAUCAGAUAUCUGCAGUGCAAGCUGUUGUGGAUAGUGGAACGAAGGUUGACAAUAAAGAUAUUGUUUAUUUGACUGAGAUGCUUAUGAGGCAGUUGCUCAAAUUGGAUGGUAUUGAAGCUGAAGGAGAAGGGAAGGUGCAGAGAAAGAUGGAGGUUCGUCGGGUCCAGAGCUUUGUGGAAACAAUGGAUGUCCUUAAGUCAAGAAAUUCAAACCCCCUUAGCAAUGGUUACAACAAUGUGCCUGUAACUACUAAGUGGGAGACAUUUGAGCCCGAAUCUCAAACCCCAUUGCCUUCUCAAAGCCCAGUGCCACCUGUCACUACUGCGCUGCCAUCUCCAGUGCCUUUUCCUCAAAGCCCAGUGCCACCUGUCACUACUCCUUUGCCAUCUCCAGUGCCUUUUCCUCAAAGCCCAGUGCCACCUGUCACUACUCCUUUGCCAUCUCCUGCCCCUUCUCAAAGCCCAGUGCCACCUGUCACUACUCCGUCACCAUCUUUUGCGCCUACAACUCAGCCAUCAUCUGCUCAUUCGCCCGUGCCGUCUUUUGUGCCGACAUCUAUGCCAUCGUCUACCAAGGUAACUCAGGAUUGGGAACACUUCGACUAGACAACAUAUGGAUUGUGUGAAUCAUGAGCUUUAAUGUAUAAAAUUUAUCGCACAUCUUCUUUGCUAGAAUGCUGAAUCUGGAUGUGGAUUAUCUCCGGUUUUCCUGUAUUUUGGUGAAAAUUUGUUACAUGUGGUGAAUCAUGAUAAUAUUUAUUUAUCGAUAUCCUCCACUCUUAUAAUUCAGAUGACUCUUGAAUUA